GAAAAUGCGUCAGCUGUAAGCCAAAAAAAAUCAAUAAUUAUUUUGGGAAAUUAUCUAAGCAACCAAAUUUUCUCUUUAAAUUAAAGAAAAUACUUUAAAAAUCUCAAUUAAUAAAUAUAGAAACAAUUAAAAAUGACCAACGAACAAACGAAUCAGGAACCAGAAGCUGAAGUCGAAAAUGUGCGUGUAGUUGUGCGGGCAAGACCCAUGGAUAAAAAUGAACUGCAUGCAGGUGCAUUGAGUGUCAUUAAAAUUGACAAAUUAAAAAGAGCCAUAACAGUGGUAAAGCCCAAUGCCACUGCCAAUGAGCCACCCAAAAACUAUUAUUUCGAUAAUGUUUUCGAUUUUGAGAGCAGUCAGUUGGAUUUGUAUGUCGACACUGCAAGGCCCAUAGUUGAAAAAGUGUUGGAGGGCUACAAUGGCACUAUACUGGCAUAUGGACAAACAGGAACUGGUAAAACAUAUACUAUGUCGGGCAACCCCGAGUCACCUCAAACGAAGGGCAUAAUACCCAACGCCUUUGCACAUAUUUUUGGUCACAUUGCCAAGGCUAAAGAAAAUCAAAAAUUUUUGGUAAGAGUGAGUUAUAUGGAAAUUUAUAAUGAAGAGGUCAGAGAUUUGUUGGGUAAAGAUGUUACCAAGAGUUUGGAAGUAAAAGAACGGCCCGAUAUUGGAGUCUUUGUAAAGGACUUGAGUGGUUAUGUGGUGCACAAUGCCGAUGAUUUGGAAAAUAUAAUGAAAUUGGGAAAUAAGAAUCGUGUAGUAGGUGCCACCAAAAUGAAUUCUGAGUCUUCAAGAUCUCAUGCAAUAUUUUCCAUAACAGUAGAACGCAGUGAAUUGGCCGAAGGUGGUCAGCAGCAUGUGCGUAUGGGUAAAUUACAGUUGGUAGAUUUGGCUGGUUCGGAAAGACAAAGCAAAACUCAGGCCACUGGUCAGCGUUUAAAGGAGGCCACUAAGAUUAAUCUAUCACUGUCAGUAUUGGGAAACGUUAUUAGUGCCUUGGUGGAUGGUAAAAGUUCUCAUAUACCCUAUAGAAAUUCAAAGUUGACACGUCUUUUGCAAGAUUCUUUGGGUGGCAAUUCAAAGACCGUCAUGUGUGCCACCAUUUCACCGGCGGACACCAACUACAUGGAGACAAUUUCCACUUUGCGUUACGCCAGCCGCACCAAAAACAUACAAAAUCGCAUGCACAUUAAUGAAGAACCCAAAGAUGCUCUUCUGCGGCACUUCCAAGAAGAAAUUGAACGUUUGCGAAAGCAGCUGGAAGAAGGUUACGAUGAAGAGCCACAAAUCGAAGAGGAAGAGGAAGCCGAGGAAGAAGACGACGAUGAUGAAAUUGAAGUAGAAGUGCUGGCCGAAGCUCAAAACCAAUUAACCGAAAAAGCAAUGGAAAAACAAAAACAACGAGAGCAAAAAUACGCCAAAAAAGAAGCUUUGGAAAAACGUAAACACGAACAUCAGCUGGAAAUUUCAAAGACCAAAACCGAACAAGAACAAUUACGCAAUAAGCUUAUGUCAUUGGAGGGUAAAAUCCUAGUGGGAGGAGAAAAUCUCCUAGAGAAAGCCCAAUGCCAGGAGAAACUCUUAGAGCAGUCACUACGCGAGCUAGAAGAACGAGAAAAGGCCGAACAGACUCUAAAAGAAACUCUACAACAGAAGGAAACCGAGCGUAUUGAUAUUGAAGAGCGCUAUUCGUCACUGCAAGAAGCCAAUACGGGCAUUACGAAGAAGAUACAUCGUGUUAUGCAAAUGUUAAUGGGUGUCAAGUCCGAACUGGCCGAUCAGCAGCAAGAACACCAACGUGAAAAGGAGGCUAUAUACGAAAACAUACGCUCACUAUCGCGAGAAUUGGCCCUAUGUGAAUUGGUCUUAAACUCCUACAUACCCAAGGAAUACCAAUCGAUGAUCAAUCAAUACACUCAUUGGAACGAAGACAUUGGUGAAUGGCAACUGAAAUGUGUAGCCUACACUGGCAACAAUAUGCGCAAACAUAUUACGGAUUCAAAGGCCUCGGCCAAAGACUCAAUUGAUUUCAUUGAUCUUUCGCAUGUCUAUCUCAGUUACAAUUCCGAAUCGGUUACCCAGCCCGUUAGAGCUAAAUCAUCGAUUGCUACUGCUCGCCCCCGUACAUCAGGUGUUCCCCGACCAACUACCGCCCGGCGAUAUUGAGGUGAUAUCUUUUACCCACCCAAGGAGAGGAGAGCAUAUUUCGAUUCAACUCAAUUGUCGUCGGGAUUCUUUGCAUCACUUUUACGUACUCAAUGCUGGUUUAUUUUAGCACUAUUUUUAACUUAUUAUUGCUUUCAUGUACUAUUUUCCACAUAAGUUUCAAAUUUAAGUUUAUGUUUAAGUAAUUUAGCAGCUGCUUUUUUAUUAAUUUUUUUUUAUAAUCUAUUAAAUUAAGUGCAAUAUUUUUUAGUUUUUUGUUUAUCAUUUUUAUCACAAUCUCAAUUAUUAAUAUUAAAUAUACUAUAUUGAAAUGUACGCAUGUAUGUGGUUCUUUAAUACAUUCUAUAUACAUAAUACUGAUAUAAUAAAAAUUUUAAAAUUUAUAUAAAAAAAUGCAGAAGGAACAAAAA